UCGCUUAAGAUCGAAAAUGAGGCACCGGUCUGUCAGUGUGGUUUUCUUUCAAUGGUUUUAGAAAUACAUUGACUUAUCUAACAAGGAACAUUUCAGAAGUGUUCCAGCUAUGGAUGAAAAGGUGGCGAUAGUCGGUAUCGGCUGUCGCUACCCCGGCGGAGUCCACACACCGGCGGACUUCUGGGCCAUGUUGGCGGAGGGACGGGACUGCACCAUCCCGCCUCCAGACGACAGGUUCGACACUUCGUUCCUCUGGCAUCCCGACAGAACACCGGGCAAACUUUACAAUCGAUGUGGCGGCUACCUACAAUGCAACGUGUUCGAAUUCGACCGGCAGUUCUUCAAGAUCCCGCCAGAUGAAGCCAACCACCUGGACCCUCAAAUCCAGAUCCUGCUGGAGGUGACUUGGGAAGCGCUAGAAAACGCCGGGAUCCCCCCAAGAUCCAUCCGCGGCUCAAAUACCGGCGUUUACGUAGGCGUGACGUCAAGCGAAUACCUCACGAUGACCUGCAGCCCUUAUUCAAAUAUCAGCCAAUACACAAACUCCGGCACAAACUCAUGCAUGGUGUCCAACCGUAUCUCCUACGAGUUUGACCUCCAUGGUCCGAGCUUUUCUGUAGACACGGCCUGCUCCUCUUCGCUGUACUCCAUCCAUCUUGCCAGUGAAGCCAUCAGAAAAGGAGAUUGUAGCAUGGCCAUCGCUGGAGGUGUCAACUUGAUGCUGUUGCCAAUAACCUCAGUGGGUUUCUGCCAAGCAGGGAUGCUGUCACCAGAUGGCAAGUGUAAAAGCUUUGACGCCUCUGCAGACGGGUACUGUCGGAGUGAGGGAGCCGGGGUUGUUGUCCUCAAGCCACUCUCAAGAGCACUGGCAGAUGGUGACAGGAUCUAUGCUGUCAUUAGAGGAGGCACCCUCACCAAUGAUGGGAGAACACCAGGCAUCGCGAACCCCAGCUACGACGCCCAACUGGACCUUGUUGAGAAAGCCUGUGCAGCAGCAAAAGUACACCCUCAUGACAUCCAGUAUGUGGAGGCACAUGGAACUGGUACCAAGGUUGGUGACAGAACAGAGGCAAAUGCGCUGGGCCAGAUCCUUGGUAGAGGACGAACAAAGGAAGAUCCACCUCUCUACAUUGGUUCAGUGAAGUCCAACUUCGGGCACGCAGAGGGCGCUGCAGGAGUAGCGGGAAUCAUCAAGCUGGCGCUCAUGAUCAGUAAAGCCCAGAUCCCAAGGGUGGUGCACUUUUCAUCACCAAAUCCAGACAUACACUUUGAUGCGCUAAACAUCAAGGUCCCCAGCACUUUGUUACAGUGGGAAGGGAAGGGAACCAGGCUUGCAGGCUGCAGCUCCUUUGGCUUUGGCGGAGCUAACGCCCAUCUCAUCUUGGAGAAGCCUCCAACACCAGAUCUUCAUCCAGCUAUAGAAAACAGUGUCAAAGUCAACGCCAAUCACUUCACAGGAGGGACAGAACGUGAUGCAAAAACUAUCAUGUUGCUGUCUGGAAACACCAAGGCUGCCCUGAAAGAACAAGUGGAACACUGGAUCUCCUUCUUAUCAGACACCACAGCUUUCAAUGAAGACCGCUUCCAACAGAGCCUGUACACUGCUGCAAACCGCUAUCAACACCAUGCAGAAAGGCUGGCAAUAGUUGUCAACGGGCCCGAUGACGCCGUUCAAAAGCUAAACCUCAUGGCGAGAGAAGAGAAGCUGAAGGCAGCUGUAGAGGGAAAAGUCCCGGAGGGUGCUGAGCGCGGGAAGAUGGCCUUUGUCUUCUCCGGGAUGGGAACUCAGUGGUGGGGAAUGGGCAGGAAACUUGCCCUGGAGGAUCCAGUGUUCAGUGACGUGAUACAGCGGUUUGAAGAUGUGCUGAAGACACUAGGAGCUGACUGGUCCAUAGCUGACAUGUUGGCAAAGGAGACAAAUCCUGACAAGAUCAACAGGACAGACAUCGCACAGCCCUGCAUCUGCGCAGUACAGAUGGGUUUGGUUGAGCUCCUGAGACAGUAUGACGUCAUACCUGAUGCCAUCGUUGGUCACAGCGUUGGAGAAGUGGCAGCAGCAUACGCUGCUGGUCUCCUGAGCUUCGAAGAUGCCGUGCGAGUGAUCUACUACAGAGGAAAGGAGCUCUGCAAGACAAGCGGCCAUGGGAAAAUGCUAGCCGUACUGCACCCAAUGAAAGAAGUGGAGGAGCUCGUCGAAAAGGAUGAGAACAGGAACAUCAUCAACGUAGCCGCCACCAACAGUCCCAAUCAGAUUGUGCUCUCCGGAGACGACAAUGCCAUCGACAGCUUCCACAACAAGCUGAAGAAUAGAGGCAUCAAAUGCGUCCUCCUUAAAGUGAACAAUGCAUUUCACAGCUACCAACAGGAACAGGUAAAGGAUUCCAUCCUCAAGAAGCUUAGGAUCCUGUCAGCAUCCAGCAGGACAACAGAAGCACAGAUACCCAUGAUUUCUACGGUCACGAACCAAUGGCUGUCCUCGGAUAUCACCAACACGGCCCACUACUGGUGGACAAACAUCAGACAACAGGUCCGCUUCAUGCAGUCAGCAGAGGUUCUCCUGCGGGACGGGUACAGCACGUUUGUUGAGAUAGGAGCUCAUCCAGCCUUGGGGCCUGCCCUGAAGGAUAUUUCGAGCACCAAUAACUCACGUACCACAAAGCAAAACAUCAUCCCCACUCUGGUACGACCAAGAGACAUCUCUUCACCAGCCGAUGACCGUGAAAACAUACUGAUCACUACUGGGACACUGCAUGUUGUAGGGUACCCAGUCAACUUCAGCCCUGCAUUUGAGGAAAAGCACCGACGUGUUCGCGACAUCCCUGCAUACCCUUGGCAGAGGGUUCUGUGCAAUGCUGGUACAGAAACAAGUUCCUCCCGGUACCUGUUUCCUCAGACGUCACAUCCUUUACUCGGACAAGCACAAGAAACCACCGAAGGGACGAACAGUCAAAAGUCAAGAGUCUGGUGUUCCAAUCUCUCAGAAGAAUCUGUGCCUUGGCUUAAACACCACAUCCUAGAUGGAAAUGUGGUUGUCCCCGCUGCAGCAUACAUGGAGACAGCACUGGCUGCAACCUCUGAUAUCUAUGGGGAUCAAAAUGUACUUCUGCUGAAAAACCUUCAGUUCAAACGUUUCAUGUUUGCCCCCACUUCGGAAGCGGUAAUCAAAUCAACGCUGCAACACAAAAGUACAAAGGAAAUGCACUUUGGCCUGUACAGCAAAGAUGCUUCCGGUUCAUGGGUCCUUCAUGCCACAGCAGAGGUGCACAAGGGAGACCUGACACAACCAGUUGGAUCCGCCAAUGGUCUAUCCAAUGUUGCAGAGAGGUGUUUCAAAACUAUUUCCAGUGAAGAGAUCUAUGAAGCUGCGGAAGAAGCUGGCUUCCAUCUCGGUAGUUCGUUCCACUGUGUCACUUCAUGCACGGCAUCCGACAGCUAUGAAGAAGCCGUGGUCACCGCAGAGGCACCGGAGGAGAUUUCACGGGAGUUUGGGCGUUACAUCUACCAUCCAGCCUUCAUGGAUACAUUUCUGCACACAUUUGCUUGUUUGUCACUCCUAAAUGACAAGUACACUGGAAAGACACCAGCCAAACGAGUACCAUUCUCCAUGAAAUCUCUGUGCAUGUUCAACAAAAUGCCAUCAAACGUCACUCUCUACUUCAGGAUUUCAAAGAAAGGUCCACGCAGAGUGGUGGACAUCACAGUGACCGACCCCAGUGGCCUAGACGUCAUUUGCGAAGUCGAAGAGCUCAUGUUUGAAGAUAUUGAUGCAGGUUCAUCCUCCGGAAUCAAGCUUUGGAAUCUUCAAUGGGAGCCCCUUGUCAAGAAUGUGAGCGAUGACGAUCACGAACCAACCACAUACAAACAUGUGCUGGUCCUUCAUGAGAAUGAAAGCUUUGGCACAACAGUGAGCACAGCACUCCAGGCCAAUCUGGGGUGCAAAGUUGAGAUGAUCAAUCAAAAUGUCCUAUCUGCAAGUGAAGGUAUCGAGAAGAUGCGGACGCGUGAUGAUCUGGAUCACGUCAUUGUUCUGUAUGAUUUUGCUCGACAGGAGCAAACAGAGGGUUCGGGAGGCUGUCCCCGUGCUGAAGUCCUAAGAUCUUUUCAGUGCCUUUCCAUAUUUAAGCACCUCACACAACGUGAUCAUCCUCCAACACUUUGGAUCUUUACACGCGGGUCAUCUUCAGUGCUGGAGCAGGACACCGUGAGCCCACUCCUGGCAGGUACAUCGUCUCUAUGUUUGUCCAUAUCACAAGAACACCCGCAGUUCAAGGUGAAGGCAGUUGACCUAACACCACAACAAAACUUCAGUGAUGCAGCUGUAGAAGUUUUGUCCGUCCUGAAGGCAAACCCUAGAGAAAAUGAAAUUGCAGCUCGUAUGGUAAACUUCCCAGACGAUCAGCAUGUUAACCUGUACGCUCGGAGACUGACCCCGAUGAAGCCCGACCAGAUUCUCACAUCCUGCUCUCCCAACGAGUCAUGGGCUUUUGACUCCAAACAAAGGCAAAAUGGAAAGAAGCUCUACAAAGCUCAUUCAAGUCCAAGCACACGGACGAGAAAUGAAGCUACAGUUAAGGUUGCGGCCUUUGCUGCGUGCCCCUUUACUGACGUGAUGGGGGGCUCUGAUGGACCUGCCCCCGAUAUUCACCUCAUCUGUGGUACCGUGCAUCACCCACCCACAGAUAUGAUGGUACAGGACGGGUCCAGGGUGAUGGGAGUCGUCGUGGGCUGCAUCGGUCCUCACAUGAACAUACAAAUGAGAAACCUAGUGCCCUUGCCGGAUGCCCUCUCCUGGAGCGAUGCUGUUGCACUAGUCAAAGACUUCAUGCCAGCAUUCUCUUUCUUCCAGAAGAUUCAGACAGUGUGUAAAGAAGAUAGAGCGGUUGUUUUCCUACCUGACGAUGAUAACAAAGAGGCAGUGUCUUAUGCCACCCUGGCACUACACCAGCAGGCCGAAGUCUGUGUUGUAGCAGAUACAGUUCAAAACGUAAACAUAGAAAAACAUCUUCUCUGCUCAACAGAACCCCGCCCACCUACAUCGACAGCAGUGAUCACUACAUAUGAGAAGCUUGACCAAGACAUACCUGACAAACACGCAAGUGUUGUGUUCUUGCCUAAAGGAGAAAGGGCAGGAGAUGUCCUCCAACAAGCUACGAGGAAGCUACAAGCCUAUGGAACUUUAGUCAAUAUGGGCGGCUCAACAAUCCUGAUGGACCAACUUCCAAAGAAUAUCAAAUACAUCACUGUGGAUCCUAUCGAUAGUUCCCAAGGAGAAUCUUCACUUGUCUGCAUCGCGGACAACAUUCGACAUCUUCUUUCAAAAUUUGACAAGUCAGACAGCUCGCUUUCCACGCUCAAACCAUCUGUACAGACAAGCAUGGACCUAUCCUCUCUGUCCCACAUAUUGCACCAACAGCAGAAGGGAUUGAAGAUGCCCGACAUAGUGACUGUCGAUGACAGGGAAGUGCAACUGGGUCUGGACAUCAAACAGAACCAGUUUAAGGCUGUCGACAAAGCUACAUACGUCGUCACGGGAGGUCUGAAAGGCUUCGGCCUCGCCCUACUGGAAUGGCUGGCUAAGUGUGGGGCACGGCACCUGGUCGUACUUGCAAGAAGUGAACCUAAUGAAGAGGCCAGAAUAAAGCUAGAAGCAUUGUCAUCAAGGUCGGUCGAUGUCAGGGUGAUGAAAGUGGAUGUUACUGACAAGAACGCUGUGGAGGAAGCACUGACUUGGGCACGCGACACAAUGCCACCAAUAGAGGGGAUCUUCCACUGUGCAGCAGUGUAUGCAGACAAACUGAUGGAUCAGACUGCACAAGAGGACUGGGAAAGAGUCAUGCUUCCAAAGGCAGUUGGUGCUAUGAUCUUGCAUGAUGUCACGAAAAAGCUACACAUAAGGCUUAGACACUUUGUCCUCAUCUCCUCCGUCGUUGCUCUGUUUGGUAACACAGGGCAGGUCGGAUACUGUGCAGCCAACAGCUCUUUGAUAGCUCUGGGUGAAGCCAGACGACAAGAGGGUCUAUCUGCAACAGUCGCCAGUUUUGGAGUUAUCAACAGCACUGGGUUUGCAGAGAGAUCCGGUCUUAUCCAAAUGUGGGAGAGAAUGGGCUUGCAAAGCAUUUCGCCUCACGAUGCAUUGGAAAUCCUUGGAUGCAUGAUAGAAAAUCAGUUUCCCCAUUUUGGUAUCACUGCCACGUUCGAUAUUCGAAAAUACUGCAGUGCCCACAAGUCAAUGGCAAUACAGCACCUACAGGCCGCUGACACCUGCUUUUCUCGAUUCACAACAUUGAUACCGAAUGACGUGCUCAGCGGGUCAGGCCAACAACUUGGCAUUGAAGACACUACCUCUAUCACCGCCGAAACAAGUCCAGUAUCCCUUGGGCUGGACUCUCUCUUGUCCGUGAACAUGAGCAACGAAAUAGCAGACAAAUUUGAGGUGACAGUUACAUCCGUGGAACUCCUGAGUGACAAAAUGACUGUCAAGGUGCUCAGUGAGUCCAUUUAUGACAAGAUGGCUAACCUAGCUGGUAGCCAGGGAACAGAAACUGGAUCCGUCAACCCAGCAGUACCUGCUGAAGGAAACUCGUGGCUUCAUUUCUUUGGUAACCUCCAAGACCCGAUUCUUACUCUGGUCUGCUUUCCUGCAAAUGGUGGAGGUCCCUCACUCUUCCAUCAGUGGGGUGAACAUUUUUCAGAACACAACAUCGAGGUUGUAGCCGCUACUCUGCCGGGAUGGGAAAGCAGAGAAAGGGAGUCUCCCAUCAGCAAUCUGCAGCAGAUUGUUGAGGCACUUGGGAGUCAAAUCUUGGAGACACUGAUGGGUAACAAGAUAGCGUUCUAUGGUCACAGUAUGGGUGCACUCAUAGCAUUUGAGGUUGCACAUUUUAUCCACACUAAAGGCAGGCCAUGUCCGUCGCAUCUGUUUGUUGGAGGAUGGUAUGCUCCAUCUCUACCAUAUCCACAUCCACAGGAACUGAGGGUAUCACCCACGUUGUUUGAUCCCUUCGCCGGGACACAGCAAGUCAUGGAAGAGGCUAAGGCAUUCUCCUUCCUACCAGAAGCUGUUAUUAACAACCCGGCCCACCUGAGACGUCUGUUGCCGUGUCUCCAGGCAGGGAUUGAAAUCUGCAAGUCUUACAUCUGCGGGCACCCGGAACCACUCCCGUGCAGGGUUGUUGCAUUUGGCGGCCAGGACGACCCAUUUGUCUCCCCAGAUCUUCUUGACAACUGGGAGCUUGUUGCGUCCGAUUCAUUAGCUUCCAGACCAGCUUUCAGGAAGUACAUUAUGCAGGGUGGGCAUUUCUUCAUCACAGCAUCACGACAAGACGUUCUCAGCAAACUUACGCGAGUCCUCCAAGAGGACAAUGUAGUCAUUCAAUCAUCAGACAAAAGUCGACGAGAGACACCGAAUGUGGUCGACAUGGAAAUGAAACCGUCCUCAGCAAUGGCUCCCAGUGUUCUGUCUCCUAUAAAGUCUACACCGGCCAUUCACCCGGCAGCAGCGUAUCUUCGGUACCAAAUAAGACAUCCCAAAUUUUACACCAAAAAUCUAUACGUCAUGUUUCGUACACAAAACAUCCCUGCUGAUGUCGACAGCUGGCGAUCCGUCUUUGCACAACUGAUGGACCGCCAUGAGACACUCAGGUCAACCUACCAUGUGUCAAGCGACGCUCAACACCCAAGUGGGGCCGAGGCAAGGUACUACAAGGAUGAAGGUGCCGUAGACAUCGAAGUACUGAGUGGAUACCAACAGAAGGAGGCUGAAGAAGCAGUGUACCAGAGAACCAAAGUGCCCUUCCAGUUGGACAAGGAGUAUCCAACAAGGUGCAUUGUUGCCCCCACUGGAAAGCGGAGUGCUGUGAUUGGACUUGUCUUGCACCACAUCUCAACAGAUACAGCCAGCAUCAAUAUACUAUUCAGGGACUUUGGGGAAGCCAUGCGGGCUCACUCCAGGAAGAAAACUCUCCACAAGCCACAGGCAACACUGACGUACUAUGAUUUCACACAAUACUACUACUUCUACCUUCAGCGUAACCAGAAGGAGCUCCGAAACUUCUGGAGGUCAGCCCUGCCUUCCACUGUUCCAUCCAUUAACCUCCCAUUUGCCAAGCCAAGACCGCUAAGCGCCCGCACAGAAGGCGGCUCCCUCCAGGUAGAGCUGUCCAAGGAACAGGUCCACCGCCUUCAGGAAUAUGCAAAGGCAAUUGGCACCACGGUGUACAGCAUCAUUGCUACCACCUAUCAACUUCUGCUACACAUCUACACAAACCACGAUGACAUUGUUAUUGCAAUCCCAUUCGACAUGAGGAUGUUAGCUCCACAAUUCUCCCACAUCCAUGGCCUCUGUGAGCAACCCCUACCAUUGUCUGUUUCUUUCAAGAACAAGGAACAAUCCUACCGGCAAACAGUUCUACAGUCUUUUCAAAAGCUUCAAGAAUGCAAGAAACAUGGCAUCUAUCCAAUGGAAGAGAUCAUGAAAUUGGUGUCAUAUGAGAAACAUCCAACGAUGGAUCCCAUCAUGCAGUAUAGAGUUAUUCAAAAUGACCUAACUGGUCUGAACUCAAUGUUCACUGACAAGAGGAUAGCCAUACUCAAGUAUGAUUAUCAUGAUUAUUCCGAUGACCUUGUCCUCCGUUUGUUCCAAGACACCAACACAAAGUCUUUAAGCUGUAGCUUCCGAUAUGCAAAGUCCUUGUUUGAUGAAGAUGUGGCGCAGUGCAUGGUGAAUGACUAUUUCACUCUGCUUUCCACAUGCCUUAAGAAUCCAGAAUGGAGUCUUUCAAAAGUCAUCAGUGCCGUGGAAAUGACAGCCUUAAACAGCAAGCCCGGAGCAGUGUAUUCUAUGAACGAUGAUCAGCUACACCACCAAGAACUUGUCAAUGGAGGAACCAUGCAAGAGGAGACCAUCCAUGGAUAUUUCCAACUCCAAGCAGCGAGGACACCAGCAUCUCGCGCAGUCGUCUCCUUCAAUGGAGCUGAUGUCUCGUAUCGAACCCUCGAUGAGCAGUCUGAUCAUCUGGCCUCUGUACUGACGGACAUGAAGUCCUCCCAGAACAGCAAAGAGAAUGUAGUAGCCAUUUACAUUACAGAAAACAACUACGUGGCACAAGUACUCCUUGGAACAUGGAAGGCUGGUCUAGCCGUGUGUCCCUUGCCUUUGGACGCGACAGAAGACAGCAUUUCUGGCCUGACCGCAACAAGCCACAUCGCGGCGAUCAUCACAGAUCAGAUGAGUGCUGCCACAAAGCUAUUUCCUUCUCAGCUGCAUAACUGCAUACUCAACAUUGACCACAUCUGGGAUGAAGCGAGGGACAACUCCACAGACAGAACCUGCUCAUUCCAGGUUUGCAAGUACGCCUUUGUGAUGAUGACCACUACCACCACACCUACAAGGCUCGUCAGGGGCACCCAUGCAGGACUGCUAAACCGACUCAAAUCAACAUGGCAAGAGUUUCCCCACCAGGCCAAUGACGUUUGCUGUCUCAAAUCUCCUCUUGCCGGUCGAGUAGAUGCUAUGUUGGAGCUCUUUGGCCCUCUUCUGCAAGGGGUACCGGUGGUUAUCAUCCCAACGGCUCUCCUCUUUAAGCCUGCUCUACUGUUGGAGUGUAUCUCUGGGUGUAAGAUAACAAGGCUAUCUGGUGUACAUCAGAGAUUCUGGAACACACUACUCCAGGAGCUAAGCAGUACGUCGAGGAGGAAGAGAUGGAAACAGCUGGCGCUCAAGUACAUCUUUACCGAUGCAGGCAGCACCAAAUCAAGCACAUUGAGUGAGUUGUCACGGGCACUCCCAUAUGCAACUAUCGUCAGUACGUACAGUACCUUAGAGGUGUACUCUGGCGGGCUGGUCGCCAGUGGGUCAGAGUCAGACCCUUUUAACGAGAGCACGAUCGCGAUGAAACCGAUGAACAACACCAAGGUCACAGUGCUUGUAAGCAGCGAGAACGGACAAGGAACUCUCUGCAUUUCUGUUCCUGAACUAUCAGAUAAUGUUGUGGAUGACUUCCCAGCAUUGACCAUCAUCAAAGAUGGCACCCCCUACUACAUAACUGAAAGACAGGCGUCCUUGACAGCGUCAGGAAUGGUUCUACUGGCAAAAGAAUGUAAAAAUGGUGACAGCAAGGAGGCCUCAACAGGAUCCAGCAGCCCCGACUCCCACCGGCGGCUGAUCAAACCCUCCAGUCCAGAUGAGCCACACGCGCUGAACUAUUGGCUCCUGCAGAUGCUACAGAAAGGUACUGUGGUGAGGAAGAUGACAUCCAAAGGCUGGUCCCACAAGAAACAUCUCCAGCUGGUGGUGGAGAAUAACUCGACCGCGAACCUUCUGUGGGGCUCCAACAACAAAUCCAGACAGCUUCCAGUCUCCAGCAUCUCCAGUAUCCAGAGUUCCACAGUGGAAGGUGGGAAGUCAUUACAAACCGCUUAUAACUAUACAGCAUUGCAUCAUAAGUAUUUAAUUUACUGA